AUGGUCGUUUGGCAGAUUAUUAGUAUCGGUCUCACUGGUCUGCAAGUCGCGUCCAGUCUUUACACCGACAGUAAGACCAGACAGGCUGCAGUUGCCCAGGAAGCAGCAUCCCAAGCAGCAUCCGAAGCGAGUCGGGCUGAAUCCGCAAGAGCACGUGCUCAGGAAGCCCUCUACAAACGAAUGGCUGCGAGCCACGACCAUACUGCGCAACCCCGAACAUUCGAGAUCCCAAGCUGUGCAUUCAACGCAAGUCCCGAAUUCACCGCAGUAUUCGCAGCGAGCGUGCAUGUUGGAACUGUUGUCGCUAUACAAACAGGAGAGCAGCUGAAGCAGAUUGGUCUACGUUUAGAUGAAAUUCGGGAGGAGCUGGGGGCGCAGACAACGGCAAAAGUACAGGGAUGGGACAGCAAAGGGUUUGGCGCGUUUAUCUACUGGUUUCUGGAGAACGAAAUCAGCGACCAUGGCGGUGAAGCAUCAGUAGGACACCACGCGUUCUACAUCUACAAUCCAACCACCAGCGCCGACGUUGUAUUCAAACAAAUGAUCCGCGAGAGGCCAUUACCAGCUUCUUUCGGCGGCUUCAGCUCUGACCUUGAAAGUGUUUUUCACAUCAUGUGGGAAAAUCGACGGUGCUUACGGCAAACAAUGGGGAGAGCGGAUGCAGAUGAAGUGGUUUUUCACCUGCUGAUUCCUGCUAAACGGAGUUUUGCUGUAUACGAGCGCAUGGCAAUUGAUGAACGGAGGAAGAGAGCUCAGAGCGCGGCUUUGUGCAAAGUGGGCUGGCAGGACUGGCUUGUGGCAUAG